AUGAGAUAUUUUUUUAAAUCAUUUCAAUUUCGACUUGUUACAGGGUACUUUUUUUUUUUCCCCCAACCUCAUUCUGUAGGAAAUCCAUGUGAGCUUCCUGGAAAGGGAAAAAAAAAAAAAGCUUCCUGGAAAGGGGAAAAAAAAAGAAAACUAGACAUGAAAUCAGUUCCACCUUUAAUCCCUUGCCCUCAUCUGCCAGCCUUCCACACCCACACACCUCCAUGCUCCAUGUGUAACCAUCCUUGCCAGUGGACCGAACCUUCCAGAAUGCGCUACAUGGCAUCAGGACACACAAACACGCCCGCACAUGCACACCUCUCCCCUCCGCUCAGUAUAUACACAGAUUUUACUGUGAUGUCCGAGGCUGUAUAG